AACUCGAAAACAUUACCACCAUCUGGUCAAAAGUAUCUUUAAGGUACUACUCUCACUGCACCAAACUCUUCCAAAGUGCAUUCACCUUUUUGCGGCAGUGAGUGACAUAGGGAACUCUACAAAACGCUACAAAACGUCGUCCCAAAACGCGAUUGCAUUCAAAUCAAAGCUCAUUCCAGCAGUGCGCUAAAAAUAGAUGAAUAAAAAACAACACGAUCAAACAUCGGCUGCGUUUCUUGCAGUUGCAUGCCACACAAACCGAACGAACCCACCACCAUUCAUAAAUCUUGCACCUUUUCGUGUUUGCAUGUAAAACUUUGUCCUACCGUAAACGAUGCAACCACCAUAAAAUGCUGCACACGCAAACCGCCGAUAGCGCUGUUGCCAUUUGUUGCUUCUUCUUUUUUUCUCCAACAUCAAAAUAAAACAUACGAAAAUGGUUUCGAUCCGUCGCAACGUCGUCAUACGCAAUCUGCGCGGAAUCCGUUUGCGGACAUGGACAUGGAAGGAAUGGAUCACGCUGCGAGUGGUUGCAUGCGUCGCUGUAAACACACAUACAGUGUAACGCGGAAUGCACUGGAAUGCAUUUGUUUCCAUUUUUGUGUUCGCUUCACAUCUACAGAUGCUUCGGUCGGUGUAGUUUCGGAAAGCCAUUGCGGAGAGCGGAUUGAUGAAAUACGUACAAGAGUGUGGUAGUAGCUGUAUCGUGUGUGUGCAAGGCACACUUGCACUAGCCACUGCGAGCUACGAUCAGCGCACGCAUGGGUAUUAGAUGAUGAUAAAAGCACCAGCCGGGGCGGAGGGAGUAGUGCAGCAAACAUUAAACACGUUUCGCUUUCGUUUGGCCGUCGCAUGUGUCACGCUGAUUGACCAAAAGUAGUGCACGAACGGUACUGAAACAUUGACCCCGGGUCCAGUGGUGGGGUAAGAUUAUCUAAAGCAUAGAUGCUUCGGGUUGCCAAAUAGCGGGGAGACUGAGUUUAAAAAUAAACAAACCCGCUCAUUGUGAGGUGUACCAAGCGUACCAAGAAGCGGAACCGCACUCUAACCGUAGGACACAAUUGCUGCAUUGUGCCAUUGCUGCAAUAAGUGGCGACGGGCAUUAGCUGCUGCUGCACUUGACAACCCUUUUCCUCUUUUUUUUACUGGUUUGGAGUUUUAGGAUAAGUUCGAAAAUAGUUUUAAAUAAUAAUAAAAAUAUUAUCAUUCUAAGAUAAAUGUCCCUGCAAUGUUUUCUUAUCACAGAAUGAAAAGCAAUAUUAGAACAAGGAACGAAAUGUUACAACUGGGAAAAUUCAUGACAUACUUUGUUUGAAGCUACUGCGCCGUGAUUGUACGUGUAACGCACACGUGUGUUCAGUACGCAACAGCGAGAAAAGGCUGUGCGUGUCAAGCCGCCGGAAGCUGCUGCGACAUUCUAAUGCGCUGGACAAUGGUUGUGGCGCACAAAACGCAGGGAGAGAACUCUCAGCAAGAAGGGAAGAGAAUCAGAUUCCACAAGUAAGUGAAAAAAAGAAAUGUAACACAAAGAGGUUUGUUACACGGAUGUAUAGGGGUGAUUUUGUGCGCUUCAGAUUCCAUUCUUGAAAUGAAAGAAAAACGGCCAAGAACGGAAUGGGAAUAAAUGGGGAAGUUUGUUACAACAGAUCUAUAAGAUUAAUUGUAAGCUCAAUAACCCAACUAACCAUUUGUUUUUAUCAAUCAUAAAGAAAACAAAGCAGAUUUGUAAAAUAAAAUCACUAAGCACAUCGUUACACUUAUCAGUUUUCUUAUAUCAGUUACAGUUUUUGCAUCAAGAUUACGAUCAGCUUGCUACACGUGCUCGAGGAAGCACGGCACAAAGCACAUGACGCUCCGUUUUCCAGCCGCGCAAUGGCCAAGUGUCGGCUCUGUUUACCAAACAAAGAGAACACCACGUCAUAUCAACGAGUAAAGGCCCGUCCAAAACAUUUGUAGUAAACAAAACCUUUAUGUUUCGGGCUCACAACUCCCGUCGUUCCAUCACAGCUGUGAGGAGCAUGUAAAUGAAGUGAUAUGUGUUUACAUUUUCUAAAUUUGUUUACAGCCCAACCCUUUUUCAAGCAGAGAUGCCACGUGUAUCGAACUGUACUGCAACGUCACGGACUGUGUAUGUGUGUGUAUGUUUUGAAUAUGAUGCUGCUUCUCAUCGGUAAAUGCACAGAACAUUGUUUACCUCUUUCUAGGCGCAAAACCAUUACAAAAACACAUACCGAUUGAACUAUAUUUUGCAGCUUUAGAUCGCACUUUAUAACUCUGACGGCAUUGAUACGCCGUGAAGAGGUGGCAAGAAGGGACUGCUGCAAAGCAAAUGGACAGCUAAGCGACACACUGGUUGUAAUAUGGCACGAGGACAAAGCGCACAACCGGCCACGUAUGGCAGUGAUAAGCGAUAUAAGCUAACGAUAGCACCGGCACACGGUGAUUUAGGUGUCUAGUGAAUGACCAGCUUUGUUGGCUAGCGAUAUGCGAGGUUAAUUUCCCUACAUAAACUGUUACACUUCAACAUUCAACUACAGUUUGAGAGACCCACCAACAUCAAGAAGCAGUUUUAUCGCACAGUACCAAAUGUACUGUUUUCACUGAUUCAACCUUUCCGAAAUGUUCAAGAUAAAAGACAACGACAUGGAAGAAGUAAAUUACAUUGAUGUAGCAUCAACGCAUCACAGUGCUAUUUUGGGUUGUGUUGGACCUGCCAGUAAAUGGACCACAUGCUACAGUCCCAGUCUGGUACGGUGCGUUGGUGGGAGCUUGUCUUCUGUUUCGUUACACUUCUCCAAACAUGUCCCAAGUUUAGCUUCAAUAUGAGAUUCGGUCCUUCGUACCGCUUCACCUUGUGCCGGUCUGAGUUGAUUCUACUUUUCUUACUUGCCAUCGCGCUUGUGCUUAUCGUACAUCAAUAUUCUCGGGCAGUGUUGCAGCAGGUUUCGGUGGUAUCUUCCCAGCCCCACUACAACCGUCAACAAGCACCCCAACAUGUCGCCACGGCUCAUCAUGCCCCACCAGGACACAUGGGAGAACCGGUAACGCUACCACAAGAGCAGGGAAACAUACCGGACAGCGUGCAGGAACAGAUUGCACUCGGCUGGCAGCGGCAAGGUUACAAUCAGUUCGUUUCAGAUUUGAUCUCCGUGCGGCGGGAACUGCCCGAUGUACGCGAUCCCUGGUGUCGCGAACGAAAGCGAUCAGCAUUGCCACCGGUCUCUGUUGUGAUUGUGUUUCACGAUGAAGCUCUGUCGGUGCUGUUGCGCACUGUCCAUUCCGUUUUGAACCGUACACCACCGGAACUGGUACAGGAGAUCUUGCUGAUAGACGAUUGGUCCAGUUUGGUACAACUGAAAACAUUCCUGGACGACUACUUUCUGCCGUACAGUGACAAGGUACGCAUUCUACGAACUCCAAAAAGGCUUGGACUGAUUACGGGACGAAUUUUCGGCGCAAAACGUGCAUCGGCCGACUACGUGCUCUUCCUCGAUGCGCACUGUGAGUGUCUCGAGGGGUGGCUAGAGCCUUUGCUGGAACUAGUGGCCAGCAAUCAGGACCGCCGGAAAGUGGUCGCAGUACCCACCAUCGAUUGGCUGAACGAGACCACAUUGGCGCUUCAGGUAGGCGCUUCCAGUGGACUGUACGGAGCGUUCGAUUGGAAUCUUAGCUUCCAGUGGCGACCACGGUACGAUCGACUUCAGGCCCCACAAGAGCACUUGCUUGAACCAUUCGACACACCAGUAAUGGCGGGUGGACUGUUCUGCAUUGAGAAGGCAUUUUUCGCCCAACUCGGCUGGUACGAUCCCGGGCUGCAGGUUUACGGUGGCGAAAACAUGGAACUAUCCUUCAAGGUGUGGAUGUGUGGUGGAGCGAUCCGAACGGUGCCCUGUUCCCAUGUCGCCCACAUCCAGAAGCGUAAUCAUCCUUACAUUGGGAGCUACACCAAGGAACGGGACCUAACGAUGAGGAACAGUCUACGAGUUGCUGAAGUGUGGAUGGAUGAGUAUGCCGAAUUUCUCUAUCGCCUGCAUCCCGAUUAUCGAGCUCUUCUAGCAUCGCGAACUUCCCACAAGCCAUCAAGCGUAAAUCUCGACGCUCGUCGACAGCUUCGCAGUGAGUUGGGCUGUAAGUCUUUUCGCUGGUAUCUGCAGCACGUGUUUCCCGAGCAGGACGAUCCAUCCGAGGCGCAGGCGGCGGGUUGGAUCCGGCAUGAAAACGAAGCCGGCCAACUCUGUCUCACCUGGCCGAUGCGUGAUCGUUCGUUGGCUUUGCUGCACUGCCAUGGGUUAGGGGGGCAACAGAUUUGGUUUCACCGCAAAACGGGAGAGAUCACCCGAGAGGGACACUGUCUGGGUGUGGACAGUGGUAAUAAACCGCAAGAAGCGGAGGUGACGAUCGCACUCUGUAGCUCCGAGGGUAGCUCCGGCGCCUAUAGAUGGCUCUAUCGUCGACAGACAGGCCAGCUAGUGAAUGUUGCCAGCGGACUGUGUCUAGUGCCAGCGGAUAAUAAUUUUCGCGUGACGGUGGAACGGUGUGAGUCGCCUGAUCGAGAGAUCUUUACACAAUCCAAUCGACAGCGGUGGACUUUUCAAAUUGAUGAUAUAUGAGAGAGGUGUGUGUUUUUUUAAGAGGAUCAAUAAAAUUAAUUAAAAAUAAAACCGAUGGAAAUUUGUUUCCUUCCACUUCCUUCUCUGGCACCCGUGCCAAAGCAUCGUACUAAAAGAAGAAAUGUGAUCCCUCCGCUAGAGACCGUCAUGAUCAUAUGCAACGUGCAAAACCUCAUCCGCCAGACCAGCCACAAAAACAACCGGAUAGUGCACACCGGCGUUGGUGAAAGGAGAAAUCCCCCAUUCCCUGCUUCCCCUCUUCCGUUUUGCCGAGACGCCACUGCCGUGUGGCGGUUGCUAAUUUUGUCGACGCUUUUACAACACCCACCGC